AUGUUACAAGUUCCGGAGCAUAAAGCUCGCCAUCAUACUUUGCUGCAUUAUGAUGCAAUUAAGCGAACAUCAAAUGUUCAACCUAAAGAGAAACCAACACAAUCCCUAGUUAAAGACUCAACAGAAAACUAUCAACCUUCUUCGUCCUUAGGAGAGGAACAUAAUGUGGAACCGCACCCAAAUGAACCUAUAUUAACAACAGAACACAGAGUAGACGAAGACGAAGUCGAAGAGGUCCCACGUGGACCAAAGCCGGAUUUGGGAGAGGAACAUAAUGUAGAACCGCACCCAAAUGAACCUAUAUUAACAACAGAACACAGAGUAGACGAAGACGAAGUCGAAGAGGUCCCACGUGGACCAAAGCCGGAUUUGGGAGAGGAACAUAAUGUAGAACCGCACCCAAAUGAACCUAUAUUAACAACAGAACACAGAGUAGACGAAGACGAAGUCGAAGAGGUCCCACGUGGACCAAAGCCGGAUUUGGGAGAGGAACAUAAUGUAGAACCGCACCCAAAUGAACCUAUAUUAACAACAGAACACAGAGUAGACGAAGACGAAGUCGAAGAGGUCCCACGUGGACCAAAGCCGGAUUUGGGAGAGGAACAUAAUGUAGAACCGCACCCAAAUGAACCUAUAUUAACAACAGAACACAGAGUAGACGAAGAGGAAGUCGAAGAGGUCCCACGUGGACCAACGCCGGAUUUGGGAGAAGAACAGAGAAGAGUUGACAUGGAGGACGAUGAGGUCCCACAAGGACCAAGGCCGGAUUUGCGACGUUAUAUGGAAAUGUUGGUUAGAGAAGAGGUGUGA